AUGCAAGCCACCACCACCACCCAUUUCAAUGGCGAAAACGAAGCGGACUUGGAUCACGUGCCGGAGCUCGAGGCCGCUACGUGCUUGCCGCCGAUCCCCGUGACGAUCCUCACUGGCUUCUUAGGUUCGGGCAAGACGACGCUGCUCCAGUUCAUUUUGUCGGCGGACCACGGGAAGCGCAUUGCCGUAAUCGAGAACGAGUUUGGCGACGAUAUUGGAAUUGAAAAGCUCGUGGCGAAAAAUGGCACCGACGGACGCGUGGUGAUGGACGGAUUUUACGAGUUGAGCAACGGCUGUGUGUGCUGUUCCGUGCGGGACGAUCUGGUGAAUACACUGGAGAAGCUACUGGAGCAACGCGACCGGUUCGACUACAUUCUAGUGGAAACUACGGGCAUGGCCGAUCCAGGCAAAGUGGCGAGUGUCUUUUGGGUGGACGACGAGCUGGAGGGCAGGAUCUUGCUGGACGGGAUCGUGACGCUCGUCGAUGCCCCUCGACUCGAGUUCCACUUGAACCAUGACGAGACGCAGCGGGAAGUGGCGGCGCAAGUGGCGUAUGCCGACCGGAUUUUGCUGAAUAAAGGCGACUUGGUGCAGGAUGGAGCGAAGAGAGAGCGCAUUGAGCGUAGGGUCAAGGAGAUCAAUGGCGUUGCGUGUGUGCGAUGGACGGAGAGGUCGAGAGUGGACUUGGACGAGGUGUUGAAUAUCAGGAGCUUUACGACGACGAAGUUGGAGCAAGUGGAGAAGGAGCUGCGGACGUUGCUGAAGUAUGGCAAGGGCGAGGACGGGGAUGAGCGGGAGCGACGUGAGGAUAUUGCGUCACACACGGGUGGUAUGCAGACUGUGUGUGUGAGGAUUUCCGAAGGACCGUUGGAUCAAGAUAAAUUGGAGAGGUGGCUCGGUGAAUUGCUUUGGCAACAGGACACUUCGAGUGAAGCGGUAGGCUCGGCUAUGGCUAGGCGUCAACAGCUAUUUCGUGUGAAGGGGGUACUUGCAGUUGCAGGUGAACCCUACAAGUUCAUCUUGCAGGCUGUGCACGAGUUGUUUGAGGUGUACGCAUCUGAAGAACGCUGGGGUGAAGGUGCACUCGAUGGCACGGAGGAACGACUGUCGCAGGUGGUCUUUAUCGGCUUGAACCUCACCAAGAGCGAGCUCCUGACAGGCUUGCAGGCAUGCAUUGUGAGUGACAAGUAG